AUUGGAACCCUUGAACCCAACAAUAACACACCAUCAUGUUUCUUGGCUGCACUAAGAUGCCACCCACACCAGUUGAUUAAGACCCAGGUACCUGCUUCAGGCUAGGUGAACAGGGGCAGGAGGUGUAAGGAAACAUGCCCAAUGUUUCUACCCAUACUGGGUAUCGAACCGUGGAGACUGCGUGUGUGAGUGAGGCAAGUACCACUUGGCUGAUAAUGUGAAGCAUAACAUAUGGCUGAUCAUAUUGUGUCGUAACAACAAGUUGCACUGAGUUCGUAACGAGACCAAACACCAUCAAUGAGUUUUGAAGCAACUGAGCAUCAGCAUGUGAGGUUUAACCCUCUUCGAGGUGACUGGGUACUCGUGUCUCCACAUCGCAUGAAGAGACCAUGGGCCGGUCAAGUGGAAAGACCAGCUGAAGUGGAUAUUCCAAUUCACGAUCCUACAAACCCUCUUUGUCCUAGAGUUACUAGACCAAAUGGUCAGGUCAACCCGGACUAUGAGUCAACAUUUGUCUUCACCAAUGAUUUUCCAGCAUUAUUGGAAGAGGUACCGUCUCCGCCAGUGAGUGACGACCCACUGUUCUGUGCAGGCCAGGCUCGAGGAACAUGUCGAGUGAUGUGUUUCCACCCUCACACAAACAUAACUCUGCCACUUAUGACCCAAAAGGAAGUCAGAGCUGUGAUUGACAGGUGGAUCAUGGAGUUAGAAGACUUGGGCAAGAAAUACAUAUGGGUCCAGAUCUUUGAAAAUAAGGGAGCUGUUAUGGGUUGCUCUAAUCCUCAUCCUCAUUGUCAGAUUUGGGCAUCUUCCUUCAUGCCAAAUGAAGCUCAACUGAAGGACACAAACCAGAGACAGUACUUUUUAGACCAUGGAACACCAAUGCUAAUGGAUUAUGUUGCUCGGGAGUUGGAAAAAAAGGAAAGAUUAGUUGUGACAAAUGAUCACUGGGUGGUAGUAGUUCCAUACUGGGCAGUGUGGCCAUACGAAACCAUGAUUCUUCCUCGGCGCCAUGUUAUACGCAUGACUGAAAUUUCCAAUGCUGAGAAAGAUUCACUUGCAGAUAUUAUCAAGAGGCUGACGACAAAGUAUGACAACCUUUUCAAGUGCUCCUUCCCAUAUUCCAUGGGGUGGCAUGGGGCACCUACUGGUCUUAAGCUGGAGAGUGACGAGAAACACUGGGUGUUCCAUGGUUGUUACUACCCACCUCUGCUACGCUCAGCCACAAUUAAAAAGUUUAUGGUGGGCUAUGAGAUGCUGGCACAGGCCCAACGUGACUUAACAGCUGAGCAAGCUGCACAAAAGCUGAGAGAGCUCCCAGAAAUCCAUUAUAAACUUGUGAAUAAUGAAUAGUUUGCAGAAUAAUUUGUUCUACAUUUUUAAGCAUCAUUUAUUUACCACAUACCACUACUUGUACACCUACCAUCCGACUUACGGCCUGCUCGACAUAUGACCACUCGACUUACGACCAUGUUUUGAAUGCCAAAUUUCUGGGAAAUAAACAACUGUUUGUAUUGUA